AUGGCAAAUUCGUACAUCCAACUUCACUUUGUAGCAUUAUUCUUCCUUGCAAGUCUUACAAUCCCCUCUAAUUGCCUUCCAGGCCUUUAUCCUAAAGCCCCUGUUGCCCUCUUUGUCUUUGGUGAUUCACUUUUUGAUCCUGGAAACAAUGACUUCAUUAAGACAACCACUACUUUCCAGGCAAAUUUUCCGCCUUAUGGAGAAACAUUUUUUAAGCUCCCAACCGGGAGGUUCACUGAUGGCCGCAUUAUCCCUGAUUUUAUAGCUGAAUUUGCAAAAUUAUCUCUAAUUCCACCAUACCUGCAAACUGGAUAUCAUGAAUUCUUGACUAAUGGCGUGAACUUUGCAUCUGGCGGUGCUGGUGCUCUUGCUGAAACUAACACCGGAUUGGUGAUCGACCUUAAAAUGCAAUUCAAGAACUUUAGGAAAGCUAAGAAACAUUUGAGGUUGAAUAUAGGUAAAAGAGCCGCAAAACGAGUGGUGAAAAAUGCUGUAUACUUGUUUGGCAUUGGUAGUAAUGAUUACUUGAGCCCGUUGACUAAUAAUUCCAGUAUAUUUAAGUUGUAUGCACCACAAGAUUAUGUAGCAAUGGUGGUUGGCAACAUUACAUCGGUGGUUCAGAAAAUUCACAGGGAAGGUGGAAGAAAAUUCGGGAUUUUAAAUUUGGGUCCUUUAGGUUGUUUGCCAAGGCUUAGAGCAGCCAAUGUGGCCGCUGGAGGAAAUGGAGAGUGCGUGGAACAGGUCACAGCUUUGGCUAAAUUACACAACGUAUUGCUUUCCCAAAAGCUCCAGUUGCUACAAAAACGGCUCAAAGAUUUUAAGUACUCGUAUUUUGACGUCUUCGCAGCUUCCAUCGCGACAGUACAAAAUCCGUCCAAAUUCGGUUUUAAGGAAGUGAAGAGUGCAUGCUGUGGUAGCGGCCCAUUCCGAGGAUAUUUUAGCUGCGGAGGAAAGAGAGGAAUGAAAGAAUACGAGCUAUGUGAUAAUCCCAAAGAUUAUUUAUUUUUCGACGCUAAUCAUCCAACUGAAGCGGCCAACUUGCAGUCUGCGGAGGCGAUGUGGGGAGGGCCUCCCAACAUAACAGGGCCUUACAAUCUCCAGUCGCUCUUUCACUCUGGUACAGAUCUAAAGAGUUUUGAGUGUCUGUUGGACUUCCUUGCAGGUUUAUCAGCUGUGCUCUUUCGUCGUCAAGAAAUAGUGCUUGGCUUCUACUUGGAUCUAUACGGGAAGAUGGAGGAAUCUCUUGCAAGGGCUUUCCAAAGGUUUGAACUGUCGGCAAAGGAAACAGAGGGGAUAGAUCUCAGUGGAGAUGAUAUUGAAGAAGGAAUGUUGGGAUGCACAGGAAGUCUACUUGGUAAGUUGGUGGGGGAUAAAGUGGCCAACUUCACUGGCGUCAAGAACUACAUCAAUCAUGCGUGGGGAUAUCCAAGGAGGAUGAAGAUAACAGAGUUGGGUCCAAACUUGUUUCAGUUUCACUUUGAAGAGGAGGAAGAAAAGAAAAAGGCACUGACAGGGGGUCCUUGGAUAAUGGAUAACCAGGUCUUUGUGCUUAGAGAGUGGGAGGUUGGUUGGGCAUGA